CCAUAGAGCGUUGCACUAGUGCCGUUCGCCGCGCCAUUCUAAAUUUAAAUUUUGAAAAAGUGAUAUUAUAUUUGUGCUGUCUGUUGUUUUUUUUUACAGACUUGAGACUAUACAAGAAUUCAGUGCCAGUGUUUUUGUGCGAAUAAAGACGUUGUGUAAGCUUAAAGCGAUAAUUAGUAGUUGCUUCGUAUUAAAAUUCAAGACAAUGUUACAUUACAUAAAACUUACAAAAUCUGGAAGCGUUUAAACUUACACAAUGAUUAUUAUUCGGUAUGUGUUUUAGAAACUAGUGUUGUGCCAAGUGAAAACGGAAAGUGUCAGUGCGAUGUGUCAAGUGUGAACUACACUAUGGGUUUACAUAAACGUGAAAAGAAUGGUCUGCUCUCGUACGAGAACCCCAACUACCACUUGGACCGGUCUCGCUUCGAGUCCGCGAUAUACAGCGAACUGUACAGCAUGCACGACGACAAGAGCAUGGACGAGUACGACGCAUAUCUUGAUAAUAGGAGAGUUGAAGAUGAGGCAUCUUCGCCGGUUGGCAAAGUAAAUGAAAAAAGCGGCCUAAUCACGCCGCCGCAAAAUGGGGGGGAGGACUCCCCUCCUCCAGAAAAGGAAAGGGCGGACCGUGAGGCCUCGGAGAAGUGCCACGGGAGCUCGGGCCCCGUGCCCCACUUGGCGGAGGGCCCCAACGACGAUCUGUACGCUAUACCGGUCAAGUUGAGGCCCAAGAAAGAGGUGCUGCCGCCUGGAUGGGAGAAACAUGAAGACAACGACGGCCCCUACUACUGGCACAUCAAAAGCGGCACAAUACAGCGAGAGAUCCCCAAAAUGCCGCCCAUCGAAGCGAGAGAAUCCCGCAUCUCCAUGGUGAGGGACUGCUCCAACCUUGACAUGAAGUACGACGGGCCCAUGACCACGUCCGUCACCAGGAGUACGACGAGUGGGGCCCUGGACCAUGUGGACCAGGAGGAGAGGAAGAGGAAGGAAGAAGUCGCUUAUAAGCGCCGCAGCUACCCCGCCCGUCCGGACGCCGACGGGCGCGCCGUCCGAUUCUUCGUCCGAUCGCUCGGCUGGGUCGAGAUAUCGGAGUCGGACCUCACUCCGGAGCGCUCCAGCCGCGCGGUCAAUAAGUGUAUCGUGGACCUUAGCUUGGGUCGCAAUGAUCUAUUGGACCAAGUUGGACGAUGGGGUGAUGGCAAAGACUUAUUCAUGGACUUAGACGAUGGUGCACUCAAACUGAUCGAUCCAGAGAGUCUCAACACACUCCACACUCAGCCCAUCCACACCAUCCGAGUGUGGGGAGUUGGAAGGGACAAUGGACGUGAAAGGGACUUCGCGUACGUGGCCCGCGACCGCGCGACCCGCAAGCACAUGUGCCACGUGUUCCGCUGCGAGGCGCCCGCGCGCUCCAUCGCCAACGCGCUGCGCGACAUCUGCAAGCGCAUCAUGAUAGAGCGCUCGCUGCAGCCGCCGCCGCGCCCCACCGACCUGCCCGCCGCGCGCCGCCCGCGCCCUCUGUCCGGUGCGUCGUUCCCCACGCCGAUGGAGGAGCCCCGCAAGACGGUCCGCGCGCGGUACCUGGGCAGCGCGGAGGUGCCGCGCGCCACCGGCAUGGACGUGCUCAACGACGCGCUCGAGCGCCUCGCCGCCGCGCGCGCGCCCUCCGCCUGGCGCCCCGUCGCCGUCGCAGUGGCGCCCUCCUGCAUCACCAUCACUGAGGAGGGGGAGAGCACCCCGCUGGUGGAGUGCCGCGUGCGCUACCUGUCGUUCCUGGGCAUCGGGCGCGACGUGCGGCGCUGCGCCUUCAUCGUGCACACGGCGCAGGACGCCUUCGUGGCGCACGCCUUCCACGCCGACCCCAGCUCCGGCGCGCUCUGCAAGACCAUUGAGGCGGCCUGCAAGCUGCGCUACCAAAAGUGUCUAGACGCGCACGGUGGCCUGUCCGGUAUCUCCGGCAUGUCCGGGAUGUCCGGUAUCUCCGGGCUGUCCGGUCUGUCCGGGCUGUCGCUGGGCAGCGCUGGGGGGGGAGCGGGCAGCCCGGGCGAGCGCGCGUCGCUCGGGCAGGCGCUCAAGUCGCUUGUGGGCUCGCUUACGGGCAGGCGGCCGUCUUGAAUAUCAAGUAUUCCCCCGGCGCAGCGAGGCCGCGCAGCGUAGUCGCCGCAACGCUAACGCUUCGCACUCUAACAUACCACUUAGUUACUACACUACACUACACUACACUAAACCACACUACACUAAACCACACUACACUACGAUACACUACACACUACACUACACUACGAUACACUACAAUUUCAGCGAGUGACCUAAAUUUGAGUUGUUGGAAAGUAAACUUUAUGGCUUGGGUUUUAAGUUCAAUUUUGAUUGCACGUAUUAAAGGAUUUUGAUGUUGGAAAGUAUGUUUUAUAAAGUUGUUUUUGGGUUCAUUUUUGACUGUUAUCUUGAAGUUUAUGUUACAAUUAGAGUAGUACUGUUUAUUUGCUUUUAUAUAUGUAUGUUUAUCAGCCAUCUGGUUUCCAUAACACAAGCGAAAGCUUAGUAUGGGAUCAGAUCGUGCCGUGUGUGAAAAUAAUCCUGAAUAUUUAUUUAUUUAUUUAUGUAAUAAGCAAUCAAUGAUGCCAUAGAUUUGUAACACAUAUAGAAGAAAUAGCUUUGUGUAAUUUUAAAAAUAUUGCGUUUUUAAUGGCAAGAUUUAGGAUCGCUCGCCGAAAUUGCUAAAUAUAAAAAUAUGUAACACAUAAAACAAUUCAUACGUUAUUCAAUAUAAAAUACCUCAUGCUUUGGUUGACUGGUUUCCAUCUAUCACCGUAUUAUGUUGUUGCAAUAAUAGUUUGCCUUAUACUGCCGUUUUAUCGAAAAACUUCACUUGAACUAUUGCACAAAUAUUAAUUUUGUUACGACACAUUGUUACGCCAUACCGUUUGUGACUGGAUAUGAAUACUGUGAACUCGACCCAUCUCUAAAAUCAGCUUUUUAUAAUAAAAUAAUUUAUCUAACCAUUGCAUAUAAUCCAAAUAUAUUACUGUUUCAUAUUUUAAAUUCACGUUAAAUGAUCUCGUAUAUUUACUGUUACCAUGAAUUAUCUCGACUCAAUGUAUCGCUGUUAGAUAAGAAUUUGAAUUAUUUGGUCUCGUUAUAAUUGUUACCUUAUAAAUUCCUAGUCGAUAGUUGUAUGCUUUUGUAAAUUCUAUGCAAUAAGUGAUUAGUUAUAAGCGAACACCUAUAUUUAUGAAUCGACGGCGAAGUUCGAUAAAUAUGAAUCACUGGUAUUUACCUUUGUUAGUUUUAACUUGUAUUAUCAUUUAUCAUAUG